CGAGAGCAGAGCCUCAACUCCCGGGGCGGGCGCGGGGGGCAAGCGGAGCCGCGGAGGGGGUGGCGGAGCCUCCUGCUCCCCUCCCCGCAGCCAUGAGGAGGAAGAACAUCGGCGCCUUCGUCGUCUGGGACUACUUGGUGUUCGCCCUCAUGCUGCUCAUCUCGGCCCUCAUCGGCGUCUACUACGCCUUCGCGGGCGGCGGCCAGAAGACCCGCAAGGACUUCCUCAUGGGCGGGCGGGGCAUGUCGGCCGUGCCCGUGGCCAUGUCCCUCACGGCCAGCUUCAUGUCGGCCGUCACCGUCCUGGGCACCCCCGCCGAGGUCUACCGCUUCGGGAUCAUGUUCGGCCUCUUCUUCAUCGCCUACACCCUCAUGGUCAUCGUCAGCGCCGAGAUCUUCCUGCCCGUCUUCUACAGGCUGGGCAUCACCAGCACCUACGAGUAUUUAGAGCUUCGAUUUAAUAAACACGUCCGCCGCCUUGGAACAGUUCUCUUCAUUAUUCAAACAGUUCUGUAUACUGGAAUUGUUAUUUAUGCUCCUGCUCUGGCUUUGAAUCAAGUCACAGGAUUUGAAUUAUGGGGGGCUGUAGUUACAACAGGACUCGUCUGCACUUUCUACUGCACCUUGGGUGGUCUGAAAGCAGUCAUCUGGACGGAUGUUUUUCAAAUUGGAAUCAUGAUAGCUGGAUUUUUAUCUGUGAUUAUACAGACUGCAGUGAUUCAAGGUGGAAUGGGAAAUGUUCUAAAACACGCUCGGCUGGGAGGAAGAUUGAGGCUAUGGGAUUUUAAUCCGGAUCCUAUGCAAAGGCACACCUUCUGGACACUUUGUAUUGGUGGAACCUUUACAUGGGCUGGGAUAUAUGGUGUCAACCAAUCUCAAGUUCAGCGAUAUUUGUCCUGUAAAACCAGAUAUGAAGCAAAACUGUCUCUGUAUAUAAAUCUUGUGUCGCUCUACAUAAUUCUUUCCAGUGCAGUGUUCUCGGGACUGUCCCUGUACUCAGUGUACCGGGAAUGUGAUCCAUGGACGUCAAAGAAGGUGUCAGCACCAGAUCAGCUGAUGCCAUACUUAGUAUUGGACAUUUUUCGAGAAUUUCCAGGAAUGCCAGGACUUUUUGUAGCCUGUGCCUACAGUGCGACAUUAAGCACAGUGUCCUCCAGUAUCAAUGCAUUGGCUGCAGUAACUGUAGAAGAUAUCAUUGAACCUCACUUAAGAUCCCCCUCCGAGUAUACCCUGUCUUGGUUCUCCAAAGGAACAAGUGUGUUUUAUGGAGUAUUUUGCAUUGGCAUGGCUGGGCUGGCAUCUCUAAUGGGAGCUUUGUUACAGGCAGCUCUCAGCAUUUUUGGCAUCAUUGGCGGUCCCCUUUUGGGCUUGUUUUCUUUAGGUAUUUUAUUUCCAUUUGCCAACCCAAUUGGUGCAUUUGGCGGUCUUCUUGGAGGAUUUCUCAUGUCACUGUGGGUUGGAAUUGGAAGUCAGCUUUAUCCUCCACCUCCUUGGAGAACUUUACCAUUAACCCUUUCAACUGCAGGCUGUAAUCAGUCCCAACUAGUUCAGAGAGACUGGAAUGAUAUGAUAUAUUCAACAAAUGCUUUACAAGUUAAUGGAGUUACCAGAACUCCUAUAAUGGACAACUGGUAUUCCUUAUCCUACUUAUACUUAAGUACUCUCGGGACAGUCAGCACAGUAAUAUUUGGGGUUAUCAUCAGCCUUUUAACAGGAGGAAGACAUCAAGAUUUAGAUCGUAAAUUGUUGCUAAACAAAGGCGACUUAACACGUCUGUCAUCGCUGAUUGGUAAAAGAAAGAGCCAAGUUGAAGUUUCAAAACAGAAAUCCCAGAUAUCGGAAUUUAAAGAAAUGGAUGCCUCAGUGUCACAAGCUUGAAGCGAAUCUCUCAAAUGAAAUAAAUGUAUAUAUGUAUAUAAAAAUGGAUGCAUCUCA